UCUAUUCAUUUGAACACAAGCAGCAAGUAUCAUUUAAAAACGAAAUGGCAUCCAAGUUUGUGACCUUCCUCGCCCUGGUUGCCGUUGCCCAUGCCGGAGUCCUCGCUCCUGUUGGCUACUCGGCUCCUCUAGGAUAUGCCUCUCCUUUGGCCUCCAAGACUCUUGUCACUGCCCCACUCGCCAAGACCGUUGUCGCUGAACAGUACGACCCCAACCCACAGUACUCCUUCGCGUACGGAGUUUCCGAUGGUCUGACCGGCGACCAGAAGUCCCAACAGGAGUCCCGCAGCGGAGAUGUCGUCCAAGGAUCCUACUCGCUGGUUGAUUCUGACGGUUUGAAGCGUACCGUUGACUACGUUGCUGAUCCGAUCAACGGAUUCAAUGCUGCUGUUCGUCGUGAACCACUGACCGUUGCUGCCAAGACCAUUGUUGCCCAGCCUGCCUACGCUGCUCCAGUUGCCAAGACCAUCAUCUCUCAGCCAGCUAUCGCCAGUUACGCCAGCCCUCUGGCCGCUAGGACCAUCGUUUCUCAGCCAGCUCUGGCUUCGUAUGCCUCUCCUCUGGCCUCCAAGACCAUCCUUUCUCAGCCAGCCUAUGCCUCUUCUCUGGCCACCAAGACCAUCGUCUCGCAACCAGCUAUCGCCUCUUAUUCCGCUCCUCUGGCCGCCAAGACCAUCAUCUCGCAGCCAGCUCUGACCUCCUUUGCCGGUCCACUUGCCGCCAAGACCAUCGUUUCGCAACCCGCCCUUGCCAGCUAUGCUGCACCAGCUUACUACAACUAAAUGAUGAGAGUGCUUGCUUGUUAUCUGAUAUUGAAUGAUGAUCGAACCUGAACUGACUAAUUUAUUUGUAAUAUAUUGUUGAAUACUUGCAAA